AUGGGGGUCGAACAUUGGGCACGGUCACAUUUUUCAGGACGUCGAUACAACAUGAUGACGUCGAAUGAUGCGGAGUCGCUCAAUGCAUUAUUCAAGAAGGAUCGAGAGUUACCAAUUAUCAAUUGCACGAGUGUGCUAGCUCCGGCGCAGGAAAAUCGACUAUUCAAAACUCUGGAAGUGACAAAAGCUCUAUUUGUGGAACCACUAGAUCAAUUUCGCUUCUCCGUGAGAUGCGCGCGUAAUGUUGGAUACAUUGUGGACUUGAAUGACAAUACUUGCACGUGUAGACAAUUUCAGUUUGAGAGUUUUCCAUGUGCGUAUGCUGUCGCAGUGGCUAUGUAUAGAGGAUUUCCACCAUACAACUUAUACAGUCAUUAUUACAUGGCUGAUUUUUGGAGAGCAGCGUAUGCCGAAACUAUAUUUCCUCUACCAAAUGAAGUCAAGUGGGAAGUUCCUGAUUAUAUUGUAGCACUUAAUAAUUUGUUGCCACCUGAAGUUCCACCGCGUACCCUGGUUGUAGACGAACGUCUAGAAUACCAUUUACAGGAGAGUUUCCACAAUCGCGUAAGUGCGGGAGGUGUGGCGCUAUAG